AUGGAGCUGCGAUGGCUAAGAAGAGAAGAGUCAUCUCCCCGGGCGAAGAGCUUUUCUGCAAUGUCAGCGGCUGAUCCCAAUGUGGACAAGUUCAGUCCUGAAAAGGAUGCAGGUGUGUUUAAUCUGCUCAAGACGAACUUUCUGUCAAGUCCAUCCACUUGUGCUCAGCUGGUGGUGGAAGAUGUCGCGGAUCAGACAGGUGGAGCUGCUGAGAGCGUGGCUGAUCAGGCGGAUGCGGAAAAGACUGCGAAUCAGGGAUCUCCUGUUGGCGUCUCGGAGUAG